GAGACUCGCUUGAAUUUCCACAAACUGGACCGAUUGGUUGCGACAAGUUUGACUCAUAUGAAAAGAUAUACUAUGUCGACCUUAACGCUGCGUACAUGA